UAAAAUGGAGAAAAAAGGAAAAUUACAAGGUUAAAUGUUCAAAGAAUGGUGUGAAAUCAUGUGACAUCAUUGGUCUGACACAGACAGAAGUAAACAAAAGAAUGUUGAUUGGGCUGGCAGACAUUCCGUCUUCGUAAGGAGAUGGGAGCUGUGGAAGUGUGUGUGUUUGUUGGGGGUAGCUGGAGAUGGGGAUUGUUCCGUGUUUUAAAUAAAGUUAAAGUAAUAAUCUAUUUUGUGUGUGUGUGUGUGUGUGUGUGUGUGUGUGUAAAAAAUAUAGGGUGGUGAUAUGGCUGCAUUGCAUAUAAUUGUACUGGUGUUAGUAGAGGUUGAUGUGUUCUAUAAUGAUUUUUAUUGAAGGUUUCAAUGUUGUUUCAACAGUGAAUAAAGUUUUGUGUGGGAUGAAAUAUUGAAUAGGCUUAAGCUAUAAGUUUAAAUAGGUGUAUAGUGAAUGUGUGUGUAUGUGUGUGCUUAUUUAGAUUAGUUGCAGUAAUUUUAAAUUUUUGUUUAAUAUAAUAUUACAUUAUUAUGUAAUAUAUUUUUGUUGGUUUGAGAAAUUAGGUCUGGAGGGGGUGUAUGCUAAAGAAUUAAGGGUGUUUCCCAAUGUAAACAUUUUUUGAACUUCUUUAUUUGAUUUGCUGUGAGAGUCAAUGGGCAGGGUUUGGGGCAUGAUUGUAUUUAGUGAGGUAAUGCAGUGGAGGUGUGGUUACUGAAACUACAGUGUAUUGGUCAGAAUAUUAACAACUGUAUGUUAAAAGUAAAGUCUUUGAAAAUUCUUAUUACUUGCAGCGAUUGCAGAGAUGCCUAAGCUGAAGAGAUUUAGAAUGCGGCGUGAGCCAUUCAACAAGAAAAGUAAGGCAGAUGUUUCUAAUUCUGUUGCUUGUGUUUGUCCAGACGUGAUGGGCAUUGUAGCAGCCAAUGAGGUUAGACUGAAGUCUGCAGAGGUGACUGAGGAGUUUGUGGGAGUAGCUUGUAGUGUAGUGUCAGUUGUUAAGCACAAGAUACAUAAUGUGUGUACUUGGAAAAAAUCUGACAUUCAGGACAUACGUUGUGAGGGAAGUAAACUGGCAAAUGACAUGACUAGAUGUAAAACAAACACUGAGAGUUAUGGAGACUGUCGAUUUUCUCAAUGGUUUGGUGGCCAACAUGACAUUUUCAGUAAAACAUGCAAUGUAACAAUAGAAAAAGCGCUGAAUGGAGGAACAAAUGACUUGUAUGAGAAAUUACAGGAAAUUUUGUUUAGUCAUGAAUCUUGUUUGGUCAACAUAAAAGGGGACACGUGUGCUAUUGUGAGACAUAAUGAUUUCUAUGUUGUUGUUGACUGUAAUGUGCGAAACGCAUGUGGUUUGGGAUCAGACAUUGGAGCUGCAGUUGUUGUUUUCAACACAAAUUGGCACGACCUAUUUUUGCACAUUGAUAAUUUAAUGACAAGUCUGAAUGCUGAAAACUUUAGUAUAUGUGGCAUCGAUGUCAACUUAUCAUCAUCAGAAAUGCCACAAGUUGUUUACAAUGAUACUGUAGGAGAAAACAGAGAAAGUACAGCAAAUGAGACUGAAGAAAUGUCAACAUCUACAUUAAAUCAAAGAGAAGGUGUUAGCAGCAUUCGUGGAUCAUUCCAUCAGGGUGACCAUAAGUUCAAGUGGCCAGGGAAGCAGUGUGUUGCGAUUAGUUUGGCUGCUAUAGCGAUGCACAGUGUGCUUAGUGUGUUCUCAUGGGAAAGUAAAGAUCUAGAUAAUGUUGUAGAAACUGGCGAUAGCUUAUAUUCUAGUUUGCGUCAAAGAGGUUUAAUCAGUGAUCCAACAAAGAAAAAGUUGCUGUGUAUUCAAGAUCUUCCUAAAGAAUAUGUGUUUGGUACAAAUGCAUUCAAAUUUGAAUAUGCUGAUUUUGUUUCUGGACAUGUAGAUGUGGUUGAUGGAGAUUUUAUUAAAUCUGGUGCAUGUGUGACAUUAGCUGAUGGUUUGCAAACAAUGUUUGAAAAAUAUGACACAUGCUUUUUUACCUUGAAUGGUAGUACUUUUUCCAUUAUUAAGGAAAAUGGAAGGUUUGCUGUGGUUGAUUCUCAUGCACGUAGCAGUGCUGGGAUGGUUGAUGGUAAUGGCUUUAGUGUGGUUGUAUAUUAUAAUUCACUAAGUUGUGUUUUGAAGCACAUUGAAAAUUUGUCUGCAUUUACUAGAAGAAACUUGAAGAUUUUUGAAAUAAGUGCGGUCUGUGUCCUACUUAAAAGCCAAGACAAAUCUGGUAGUCACAAAGAAAGCAUAAAUGAUGAAAGUGAAAAAAUGAUCGACAAGGGUAAAAAAAGAAUGCAUGAUUGUAUAAAUCUAAAUGUGGAAGAAGAAAAAGAAAUUGUGGUUAGUAAGCUGAAGACAUUUAGAAUGCGGCGUGAGCCAUUUAACAAGAAAAGUAAGGCAGAUGUUUCUAAUUCUGUUGCUUGUGUUUGUCCAGACGUGAUGGGCAUUGUAGCAGCCAAUGAGGUUAGACUGAAGUCUGCAGAGGUGACUGAGGAGUUUGUGGGAGUAGCUUGCAGUAUAGUUUCAGUUGUUAAGCACAAGAUACAUAAUGUGUGUACUUGGCGAAAAUCUGACAUUCAGGACAUACGUUGUGAGGGAAGUAAACUGGCAAAUGACAUGACUAGAUGUAAAACAAACACUGAGAGUUAUGGAGACUGUCGAUUUUCUCAAUGGUUUGGUGGCCAACAUGACAUUUUCAGUAAAACAUGCAAUGUAACAAUAGAAAAAGCGCUGAAUGGAGGAACAAAUGACUUGUAUGAGAAAUUACAGGAAAUUUUGUUUAGUCAUGAAUCUUGUUUGGUCAACAUAAAAGGGGACACGUGUGCUAUUGUGAGACAUAAUGAUUUCUAUGUUGUUGUUGACUGUAAUGUGCGAAACGCAUGUGGUUUGGGAUCAGACAUUGGAGCUGCAGUUGUUGUUUUCAACACAAAUUGGCACGACCUAUUUUUGCACAUUGAUAAUUUAAUGACAAGUCUGAAUGCUGAAAACUUUAGUAUAUGUGGCAUCGAUGUCAACUUAUCAUCAUCAGAAAUGCCACAAGUUGUUUACAAUGAUACUGUAGGAGAAAACAGAGAAAGUACAGCAAAUGAGACUGAAGAAAUGUCAACAUCUACAUUAAAUCAAAGAGAAGGUGUUAGCAGCAUUCGUGGAUCAUUCCAUCAGGGUGACCAUAAGUUCAAGUGGCCAGGGAAGCAGUGUGUUGCGAUUAGUUUGGCUGCUAUAGCGAUGCACAGUGUGCUUAGUGUGUUCUCAUGGGAAAGUAAAGAUCUAGAUAAUGUUGUAGAAACUGGCGAUAGCUUAUAUUCUAGUUUGCGUCAAAGAGGUUUAAUCAGUGAUCCAACAAAGAAAAAGUUGCUGUGUAUUCAAGAUCUUCCUAAAGAAUAUGUGUUUGGUACAAAUGCAUUCAAAUUUGAAUAUGCUGAUUUUGUUUCUGGACAUGUAGAUGUGGUUGAUGGAGAUUUUAUUAAAUCUGGUGCAUGUGUGACAUUAGCUGAUGGUUUGCAAACAAUGUUUGAAAAAUAUGACACAUGCUUUUUUACCUUGAAUGGUAGUACUUUUUCCAUUAUUAAGGAAAAUGGAAGGUUUGCUGUGGUUGAUUCUCAUGCACGUAGCAGUGCUGGGAUGGUUGAUGGUAAUGGCUUUAGUGUGGUUGUAUAUUAUAAUUCACUAAGUUGUGUUUUGAAGCACAUUGAAAAUUUGUCUGCAUUUACUAGAAGAAACUUGAAGAUUUUUGAAAUAAGUGCGGUCUGUGUCCUACUUAAAAGCCAAGACAAAUCUGGUAGUCACAAAGAAAGCAUAAAUGAUGAAAGUGAAAAAAUGAUCGACAAGGGUAAAAAAAGAAUGCAUGAUUGUAUAAAUCUAAAUGUGGAAGAAGAAAAACAAAUUGUGGUUACUAAGAAAGUGAGAAGAUCCUUAAAGGAAAGCACUGAAAUACUUGAAAUAAUUUCCAAAAAAGAUGCAAAUUCAGAUGUAGUUUGUCUAGGCAAUGAGACAAAUAGAAUUUUUAAUUUCAAUCCACUGUGUACUGAAGUAAAGCAUAAAUUAAGUAGUAAACUUAAUAUAGAGUUUUAUAGCGAAAAUGUAGUUUCUCCAACAAACAGCAGAGCAAUGGGCCAUCCUUGUAAAACAGUUAGUAUUUUAGGGGAUGGUAACUGUUUUUUUAGGGCAGUUGCCCAAGUAAUAUGUGGCACGCAAAAACCUCAUCGGGCAGUUAGACUUGCAAUUGUGAAGCAUAUGGUAUUGCACAGUGUGCAAUACAACAAUCUUUUAAGACGUCAGUAUGGAUCUAUGGAAGAUUAUUUAUCUAAAUCCAAAAUGAGGUUUGUAGGUUCAUGGGCCACAGAACUGGAGAUUCAAGCGAUGGCUAAUUAUUUGGGAGUGGACAUUUAUACAUAUCAUAAUGAGAAAUGGUUACAGUACAGUUGCAUGCAUGAAAGAACGUGUGAUCAAGGUAUAUAUCUACAGCACUGUAAUGAGAAUCAUUAUGAAGUUGUUAUUUGUGUGAAACAACCUAAUAGCCAGAUGUGUUAUAUGUUGUGUCAGAAUGAAGAAUGCAAUGAUGAAAAACAUAUGUGUACACGACAGCAAGUAAGGGUACAAAGUAAAAUUUUUGUGAAUCAGGAGGAGCAAGAUCCUGUGUCUGGAGAUACAGAGAAUGAUGCAUCUGUUAAUAAGAGGAAAUAUUUGAAAAGGUAUCAUUUAUUAAAAAGAGUGAAGAACAAGCAAUCUGUUUUGGAGAAGUAUCAUUGCAAUGUAGAGUUUCAGAAUCAUGUGAAAAAUCUCAAUAGGAAAAGAUAUCAUAGCAAUGCUUUAUAUAAAGAGUCAUUAAAACAAGCAAGUAAGAUCAAAUAUGCUGAAAACCAGGAACAUAAGUGUAAAGUCAAUGAAUACAACAGGAUGAAAUAUUCUGAGAAUGAGCAAUAUAAAAUGAGAGUGAAGAAAUACAGUAGGAUAAAAUACCAGAACAAUGUUCAAUUUAAAAACAGAGUGAAAACAUACAGUAAGAUGAAAUAUCAUGUCAAAUGAGCAAUUUAAAAAUAGAGUGAAGUCAUUUAGUCAGGUGAAAUACCAUGUCAAUGAGCAAUUUAGAAACAGAAAGAAGACAUUCAGUAGGGUGAAAUACCAUGUCAAUGACCAGCAU